UGACUUCCUGUUAGAUCACCCACUGAACUGAUUUGAAAUGUUUGGAAUUUGUCCAUUGUGACGUUUAUCCAGUCAUUUUUGUUAUAAACGUGGUUAUUGUACGUGACCUUUACCCAGUCGUGAUUUGGGAGCUGAAUUGACACUUGGGUACCGUUCGCUAUGGAGAUAACGGCGAACACACAAUAAUAAUAGGCUGGGGUGUGGGAGAUUGUGUAAUACUCUGUACCCAGGACGUCUGUAGGCAGGGCCAGGUAGACAUCGUCAGAAGCCGUCUCUCUGUUUACACCGUAAACGGUGAUCUCAGCAUCUGCAGUUAUUCUGAUGGCUUUAUGGACCAACUCUGUGUGGUUCAACCGGAAGUGGGGAUCAACUGCCACUUUAUGGACAACUCCACGGGUCACCACGAAGGACUGUCGUAUGCUGGGGUUUUUGGAGCCCGGUGAAGUGACGUGCACGUGCACAGGGGCAUGGCUGGCGGUGGUGACAAAUAGUUCUGGACUAAUGUCAUUCCUAUGAGCGAGAUUAUCUAAAAAUGCCACAACAAACUUUGUUCCCCUGUUAUCCAGCGCACCUGCAAGUUAAAGUGGGAAAAUUUCAGGAUAAAAGCAACAUCGUGUCAAUAUAAGAUUACUAUCACAAUAAAAGUAAGAAAUGCUGAAAUCAAACGGAUCCCAACAGACAGAUCGCUGGACGGACUGACACAGAGGCUGUCUAUCAAACGGAUGCUGACACACAGACUGUCCAUCAAACGGAUGGCAACAACAGACAGAUGGACGGACUGACACACACACUGUCUAUCAAACGGAUGACAACUGCCACCUGGACGGACUGACACACAAACUGUCUAUCAAAGUCCGGUACAUUUACGUAGGUUUGAGAAUUCUGUGGAUGGUAUGUACUAUAACGGUAGCCUUAUCAAGUGAAUCAAUCCCUCUGUCUACCUUGACAUCUAUUUAUAGCGAGUUCAAUCGACACACUUACAACACCAGUGAAAGCGAUUUGAAACUUUUACAAAUUUUUAAUUCUACAUAAUUAGUCACAAAUAUAUAAACAUACAAUGAUACAGAAGUACACAACACAGAUCUAAAGUUCUACUCAACUUGUUUAUAAUGAUCAGCGUCUCUGUGAAUCAGUUCAGGAAUCCUCGCACACACGUUAAACAUACAGACUGCAGAUCAGAUGCGCGAUCCUAGCUAGAUGAUCGGGCCAGGCACUUCCACGGACCAGCGGAUUACGAAGUGUUUCCAUUUUAGCGAGACUACUGCCAUCUUCUUCUCCAGACACAACACUACUUCUGCAGACGAUCACGCGCUCUACCCGCCACGCCAUCCGAUCACACACAAAGCUUUCCAAGUGACGUCACAGAUACACCAGAUUAUCGUAACACCUCAUCCCUUAAAGAAACGUUUGCGUGUAUAUGAAAACUUUUACACAAUAACAAAUGCACAUAGCAUUAAUUCCCAUAACAUUCAACAAAAUCACAUCAAAAAUCAUAACAUAUCACUCUACAGGUACUCUCGACAAUGCAUCUGCAAUGAUAUUUUCUCUACCUUUGAUAUGCCUAAUGACAAUGUUAUGUUCUUGCAACUCUAAACUCCACCUCAUUAAUCUCUGAUUCUUGUUUCUCAUUUUGUGUACAAAGGUAAGAGGAUUAUGGUCAGUAAAUAAAACAACUGGAAGUACAGAUGAAUAUAAAUAGACGUCAAAAUGUUGCAGUGCCAAUAAAAUAGACAAACACUCUUUUUCUAUGGUAGAGUAGUUUCUUUGACAUUUUGAGAACUUUUUAGAAAAAUAAGCAACAGGAUGGCAAACAAAAUUUUCAUCUUCCUGUAAUAACAUAACACCACAUCCUACAUCACUAGCAUCAAUUUGCAUCACAAAUUCUUUAUCAAAAUUGGGAGAUGAAAGAACUGGAGAGACCAUGAGAAUGGCUUUUAUUUGUUCAAAGGCCUGUUGGCAUAUUUCAUUCCAUUUAAACUGACUAUUCUUUUUUAAAAGACAUGUCAAUGGAUUUGCAAUGAUUAAGAAGUUUGGACAGAACUUCCUAUAGUAUCCAGCCAUUCUCAGGAACCUCAUGAGUUCUCUCUUACAUUGUGGUUCAGGGAAAUGUGUAAUCGCAUCAACCUUAGCAAGGACAGGCUUCACAUGGUCAUUACCAACAAUAUGGCCCAAAUACUCGACAACUGCAUGACAAAUUUCACUUUUAACGAAACUAAUAGUCAAGUUUGCAUCUGAUAAUUUCACAAACAAGGCCCUAAUAUGUGACAAAUGUUCUUCAGAAGUAUUGCUAUGCACUAUCACAUCAUCAAUAUAAGCCUCACAAUGAUCUAAGUUACCAAACAAAUGAUUGAUCAUCCUUUGAAAGGUUGCAGGUGCAUUCUUCAUCACAAAUGGCAUCACCUUAUAUAUUAGUAAAAACCAUCUGAAGUGGCAGAAGCAGAAAUUUCUUUCGUUCUCUCUGUUAGGGGAACCUGCCAAUGCUCUUUGAGAAGGUCAAACUUACUCACAUACUUUGCACAUCCUAUCUUAUCGAUGCAGUCUUCAAUCCUUGGAAUGGAAUACGAGUCUGUUUUAGUAAGUGUAUUGACCCUACGAAAGUCUGUAAAAAUCCGACAUAAACCAUCUGGUUUUGGAACAAGACAAGGAGAGCUCCAAGGGCUAUUACUAUGCUCAAUGAUAUCAUGUUCCAUCAUAUAUGCCAGUUCUGCACGACAGUGUUCUUGUUUCAAGGGGUUCAUUCUGUAGGGAUGUUGUUUUAUGGGAGAUACAUCUCCAACAUCUACAUCAUGGUAUACAAGAGUCGUUUUAGUAGGAACAUCUGUGAAUAAAUAUGAAAAUUCCUGUAUAAGAGACAUGAGCUCUUCUUUCUCUUUAUCGUCCAAAUGACCAAGUUUACACUCUAUGUCAGACAAAACGUCUGAGUUUUUCAAUCUCGGAGUAGACAUAUGUUGGUCUUGAUUUGGUGUAGUGACCUCCGUUCCAGUAGUGGCGACUGAUUCUGCUUUGGGAUGAUUUGCUUCAUUUCUGUCAUAUCGUUUAUCAUGUUAAUGUCGCAGAGCUGUUUACUCUUGCGCAGACCAGGGGUUUUGAUAAUGUAAUUCAAUUCAUUGACCUUUUGGUCAACUUCAAAUGGACCAAAGUAUUUGGCGCGCAAUGGCUGACCUGGAAUAGGUAGCAAAACAAGGACCUUGUCUCCUGGAUUAAAUGUUCUGGUCUUGGUACGUUUGUCAUACCACGUUUUCAUUUUUUCUUGACUAGCCUUAAGGUUUUCUCUUGCUAGUUCCCAGGUUUUGGGAUAUUCUUGGAUAUCUUUGAAUUUUGCGACAUAGUCUACUAUAUUGGGCUGACUUUCUUCACCUAACCAUUUAACUUUUAGCAACUUCAAUGGUCCUCGCACAGUGUGACCAUAAACAAGUUCAAAAGGACUAAAACCAAGCAAUUCCUGCUUUGCAUCUCUUACAGCAAAUAAAAGAAAGGGGAUUCCAUGAUCCCUUUUUCAUUUCACAAACAAUAGGGUCGCAUCAUAUUUUUCAAAAUUUUAUGAAACCUCUCCAGGGCCCCCUGUGACUCUGGAUGAUAAGCACUAGAUGUAUGAUGCCUAACCACUAACUCCUGCAUGACUUGUUUAAAGACCUUUGAAGUAAAGUUGGAACCUUGAUCAGAUUGUACUGAUUCGGGUAAACCAAAAUUUGUGAAGAACUUAGUCAAGGCAUUGACAAUUGUUUUUGCUUUAAUAUUGGGAAGCGUGUUGAUGCACACAUAAUUGUGAACAGGUACUGAUUACCUGUCUUGGUUUUUGGGUAAAGGACCUACACAUUCUAUAACGACCUUGGGAAAUGGCUCAUCAAAAGCAUGGAUAGGCUUCAAAGGAGCGUGAGGGAUUUCUUGAUUAGGUUUCCCUAUGACUUGGCACACGUGGCAAGACUUAGAGUAGUCCACUAUAUCCCUUCUUAUAUUUGGCCAGAAGAAGUGAGCCAAAACUUUAUGGUAGGUUUUCUUGACACCCAAGUGACCCGACAUUGGUGUGUCAUGGGCGAGACCUAUGACUGUUUUACGGUAUGCCCUAGGUACUACAAUCUGAUGGUGAAUCUGCCACUCAUCUUCUACUAAAGCGUCUGGGGGACGCCAUUUUCUCAUGAGAACACCCUGGUUUUUAUAAUAACAAACAGGGACCUUAUCUGUUUCCUCUGGAGACAAAACCUUUUCAUUAAGUCCUUGCAAUUCAACAUCCGACUCUUGUUCGGAUAUCAACUUAUCUCUAGUAAGAGGAGUGUUGUCUAACAUUUCCCGUAAACCAAACACGUCGUUUUCAGACUGAGACUGUUGGUUCUCAGAAGAAUAACUUUCUGCCUUUAACAGAUCUGACAAAAAUGUCUCAUUGAGACCUAAAGAAAAGUCAUCUCCUAUAUCUAACUUCUGACUUACCGUCUGUUCAGCAUACCCAAGUUUCUUAGCCAUAGCCCUUAUCAAUGCACAAGAAGGAAACAAUUCUUUAAUCUCUUCAUCCAAAAUAAGACUAACUUUUCACAAAUAAUCGGGUCAGGUACAAACUUACCUCCCGCUAAAUCAGUUCCUAACAAAAGAGAAACCCCCUUAACUGGUAAAGUAGGUCUGACCCCUACCACUACAUGCCCAGAGACUAAAUCUGACUUCAAGUGUACCUCAUGAAGAGGAACUUUAACAAGUCCUAACUCUACACCCUGAAUCAACGCCUCAGAACCAGUAUGUGUCUUCUCAGACAGUGACAGCACGCCCUCUAAUAACAAAGAUUGAGAAGCACCUGUAUCCCUCAAUACUCUAAUAGGGUGAAAGUCACUACCAUUUACAGACACUAAACCUUUAAAUACAAAAGGUCUAAAUUCCUCUCCAAGAACAUCAUGCUCUGGCUUUGGCUUAGCAUUGUCAAACCUACUACAGGCAAACUUACCUGUCACAGAUGUAAGGGCACUAGGACUAGGCUGGGUGACAGUAUUAACAGGCCUUUUCUUCUGUAAUGCCCAACAUUCUGACUUAAUGUGACCCUUCUUUUUACAAUAAUUACAUGUUGGAAUAUGCUUGAAUGUUUCAGUAUUCUUGAAGUCAUUACCUUUCAUCUCCGGGUAACCUAAAUUAGAACGAAUUCCUUGUGUACUAUCUGGCCCUCCUCGAGAACCAUCAGAGUUGAUCAUUUUCUGUUGAUUAUUGGGUUUUACAAAAGACACCCUAUGAGUAAGUGCAUAGUCAUCUGCUGCAGUCGCAGCUUGUUCUAGAUUUUCAACUUUCUGUUCAUCUAAGUAUGUUCUAAUUUCAGGAUGAAGGCAGUUUUUGAAUUCAUCAACCAAAAUAAUUUGUUUCAACCUUUCAAAGUCUGAACCAACAUUUCUAGAAGUGCACCAUCUAUCAAACGUAUUUUGCUUUUCCCUUGCAAAUUCAACAUGAGUUUGUUCAUUUGGUUUUUUGAAAUUCCUAAAUUUCUGUCUAUAGGCUUCAGGUACAAGUUCAUACGCCUUAAAGACAUUUUUCUUAAUCACAUCAUAAUUUGUACUUUGAUAAAGUGACAAUGCUCCAUAGACUUCUCUAGCUUUGCCGACAAAUGCACUCUGUAAUAAAAGUUGCCAGAAUUCUGUUGGCCAUUUUAAAUUCUCUGCAAUUUCCUCAAAAUGUAUGAAAUACUUAUCCACAUCCUUCUCCUGAAAAUUAGGAACACGUUCUUUGUCACAUCAAAGUCAGAUUUUGAUCUAGCCCUAAUUUCAGCCUCUACAUCAUAUUUCAACUUUUGAGUGUCAAAUUCCAAUUGUUUAAGUUGUAACUCAUGUUCUCGAUCAUGUGCAUUUUUCUCUCUUUCAAAUUCACGUCUUUCUCUCUCCUGUUCAAUUUCUAAUUUCUUUAAUUCUAAUUCAUACUCAAAAUUUCUUUUUUUUCUAUUUCAACAUGUUGAAAAUCUACAACCAGUGACAUUGCUCUUUCAUCCAAAAUUUCCUGUUCAACCAAAUAUUGUACAACAGCAUUUCUGAUUUCUAUUUUCCGUGCACUACGAUUCACAUUUAACACUCAAACAGUUAAUCUUUUUUCAAAGUUUCAAGUACCCGCGCUUGCGGCGUUUCCAGAAAAGUAUCCAAGUUAAAAACCAUCUUAACUGGUGUGUUCAGAAUUAAAUCAACUUCCCAAGUAUAUUUUUCUUGUGAUCAAAAUAUACGAGAUAUCGCUUUUGAAAAUUACCCAUCAAGUGCUAAAAGUUAGAUUAUCCCGGACGAGCCCCCAAUUUGUAACGUGCGCCAAAUACACAAAUCUAUUUAUAGCCAGUUCAAUUGACACACUUACAACAACACCAGUGAAAACGAUUUGAAACUUUUACAAAUUUUAAUUCUUUGAACAUCGGGAGGCCUCGGGUGCCAGGAUAGGAGUGCAGUUAGGGCAGGAGUUGUCUUUCUUUGGAUUCAUGCUAAGCGUUUGGUAAAAGAAUGUGUGUUGCUAGAAUAUCCAUUGUAACACUGAAAUAGAGGAAAACGUUUUAUCUAAGCACAAUUAUAACGCUCAAAAGAUGAAAAAUAAAACAAGAAAAACAUUUGUGGUGGCUAGAUUAGCAUGUUGGAAUUGAAAUAUUGAGUCUAUACUAGAAUUUGCCCAAAUGAAAAUUGAGAGCUUUUUAAAAUACAAUAUGGACAGUGAUACUAGUAAAAGUUGUCCCUCAUAUUGAGAGGAAAGUCAUGGAUCGCUACAGCUGACAAAAUCUUAGGUAAAUUAUUGUCAUUAAUAAAUGUAUCUAGAAUGAAACACAUCUGGAGAAUCCAAUAGACUAGGUAAAGUUUAUAUAAUUUCAAUGAAUUUUUUUUUUAAUUCGGGACUGUAUCGUGACACGUAGAUAUGCGUGUCUUAAUUUGUCUAACACCAAGGUAUAACAGAAUUUUCUCAAGACUUAUUUUUUUAAAGUCAGAUUUAAAUAGUUUUAUGGCGGAUGACGGAACUUCUUCCGAUAAGGACUGGCAGUCCUUCCGAUCUGUAACCGACUGCAACAAAUACAUGCUGACCAAUGAAAUUAAUUGUGAUGUCACGUUCUUGGUUGGGAGAAAUCGACAACGCAUGUCCGCCCACAAGUAUGUACUGGCGAGUCGCAGCUGUGUGUUCUUUGCCAUGUUCUAUGGGCCUGUAGCUGAAACGGAAAAUGAAAUCGAAAUUCCUGACAUAGAACCAGAUAGUUUUUCUUCUUUACUACGUUUUCUAUAUCAUGAGGACCUCGCUAUUCAAACAAGCAGCGCUCCAAAUUUACUGUAUACAGCAAACAAAUACGGUAUCAUGAAAAUUGUGAAAAAAUGCAAGAAGUGUCUGGAAGAGAGCAUGUCCGUAGCCAACAUAUGUACAAUCAUGGAAAGUGCUCACACAUUUAACGACUCCGAACUUCUACGGAAGUGUCGAGAGUUCUUCUACAACGAACCCGUAAAAUGCAUCCAAUCAGAAUCAUUCUUGGACUUGUGUUCGGAGUGUGUAGAUCACGUCAUAUCCUCUGAUGAGCUUGCGGUAGAAGAACGCUUGAUAUUUGAGCGAGUUCUUGAAUGGGCUGAUGCUGAAUGCGUUCGGAAAGACUUGGAGGUAAAUGAUUCGAACAGACGCCAUGUUAUGGGUAAAGUCCUCAAUCACAUCAGGUUCCCUAUCAUGGAUUCACAAUACUUUGCAGAAAAGGUCGCCUGUCGAGAAAUAUUGUCCAAAUCUGAACGUCUUGCAAUAUUUACAAUCAUUUGCAGCGGUCAUAGAUCUUUAAGCGAAUCGAAUUUCAAAUCAAUUAAGAGAAAGGGGAGAUAUGUUAGAUCUGCCUCUACCAAGCCAAAUCCCCGGAUGUUACAAAGCACCAGACACAGAGUCACCUUGCGAUUUGUGCGUGAAGGACACGUCAGUCUAAAAAACGAAAAUCUGUGGUAUGUCGGACAGAAAGCGGACAAAAUAGAUUUCUUUUCCUCCAAAACAAUCUAUGUCCAUGGAAUAGUGAUGUACGGCUGUGGAAUAGAGGGAACGGAGUACAGUGCGAGUGCGUCCAUACUAAGAACAGGUUUACCGUUCCUGUCCAACGAACUCUCGCAUGUGAGUAUCAUAAUCCCCGUCACGAUCCCGUAUAAAACGUUCAACGUCUACUUCCCAGAGCCCGUCCACAUCGUGCCUAAUGUGAAGUACACGAUUGCAGUGACGCUGCAGGGUCCACGGAGCUACUGGGGAGAGGGUGGGGAAGAAUCGGUCACCUGUGACGGUGUCCAGAUCAACUUUCACAAAUCCUCAGGGGAAACAAAUGGAACGGAUGUUGAUCAUGGUCAAAUCCCCGGCUUCAUCUUCAGUAAAUGAUUCUUGAUCCAAGAAUGACGUUUUCUACGAGAGCAAUUUUCCCCAUCUAUGAGCACCUUUCAAACAUAGACAUAUAUGCAAGGCAUACGACGUACACUGCGUGCAUUAUAGUAUGGCUGGUUGGUUGUAUAUUGUUUAACGUCCAGAUCAAAAAAUAAUUCAUUCAUAUGGAGACGUCACCAUUCCCGAUGAAGGGCUACAAAAUUUAGACCUGUGCUCGGCGCUUGCGGUCUUUUAGCAGGGGGAUCUCUAUCGUGCCACACCUGCUGUGACACGGGCCUAGGUUCUUCGGGUCUCAUCCGAAGGGCCAUCGCAUGUAGUCGUCUCUUACGACAAGCAAGGGGUUAUGAGGACCUUAUUUUAACCCGGAUCCCCUCGGUAUUUUAUACGAUGGUAUAUUAUACUAUAGUCUAUUAUAUGACAGCUUUACUCUAUGUCAACUUUGCUUUAUUUCACAACUUUCUCUGUGAAAUUUUCCUGAUCAUAUCGAUAUGUACAGAAUUCCUCUUGUUAUAAUCCAAUAACCAAACGUGCAUUGUUAAUUACGAUAAAUUUUAUCAUUCUAUAAAAUAAGAAUCGGCAUUAUGUGCACGCUGAGCCUCAUUUUGUAAAAUCAAAUCUGUUAGACAGGGCACCCAGUUUGCAAUCGGAGAUUUAUGAUUUUAUCAAUAUCUAUUAUUUAGCAUAUUGAUACUCAUUCCUGUCGUAAACUGUAGACGUAAUUUGUCAGUUCUUGAAAGUUGUUUGCAGUGUUUAAAGGGACAUGUGUGUGACAUUGUUAUUAUAAAUCUGAAUAAAAUUACCGAUAUUUUCUUUCA